CUGCGCUGCGAAUAAAUACAGCUGCUAUUCUAAGUGUGUUUAAACAGCUACUCUCUCGAUCAAUUAUCUACAAUACUGCACACAACACCGCCCACAUCCACUCUUCUCAUCCUCCCGGUUCGUAUCGGAGACCUGCUUCCAGGCGCUGGCAGGGUUCCAAAAUCACACGAAGCCCUCGCUGAUGUCAGAGCGCCGCAUCCUAAAAUCUGCCCCGCGCUCGUCACAGCGCCGAGGGCUGAGCCGCGUAGAUCAUCUUCGCGAUCAGCCCAAUCUCGGUGUCGACCUGCAGAGGCUGUUGACCGAGCUCAGAUACCAGACUACUCUCAGCAAUACCCACAAGCAGGCAGCUGGCAUGCUGGCUCACCGCGCAACCACCCUUAUCAUCAACCCGCGCGAGUACCAGGUCCCGGAGUACAACCCCGUCGCCAAACGCUCCGUUCAGGCUAAUCUUAUCGACCCCUCCAUCGCAUCUACAAAAGAGCCCGUCCCCGCGCCUCCGCCCCAGCUCUACAACCCAGACGGCUCAAUCAACCACAUCAAUCACUACUUUUACUAUCACCACCUCACCCAUUUCGACAAGCUCGACGGCCUGCACCGCGGCCUCUUCGACGACGAUGGGUACGAGAUCCCGCAUUUUCACCAUCCUGUCUCGUCUAUCAACCUCGAGAGCGUAGCCAAGUUCGGCCAGCUCGGCAUCACCUCUCGCAGGAACAAGGGUUUUAGAAGUGCUUCCAGCUCUAUUCACGUUCCAAAGCAACGCAGACGCGCUGCCGUGCACGGUGCUACUACGCCGGACGAGAGCUCUACCGGCAGUGAUCUCAAUCGACCCUAUCUCCAGCGGCAAAAAAGAUUCAGCCUACGCUCGCCCUCUGGUAAAGAAGGUGAAGGCAGCAGCAGGCUUUUUAGCUCCGGAAGCGGAUUUAGACGCUACUUUAGUUUCAACUGGCGUUCAAUCUGGCUUCCGCACACGCGCCAGUCGCCGUCGCAGUCGCGUCAGUCGUCGGCGCAGUCGUACCAAUCGUCGCCGCAGUCGCGGGCAGUAUCUGCAGAGCAGCCGACUCAGCAAAAUCAGCCAUCCAGCAGCAACUUGCAACCCGAGGACUUCAACCAAACUGUCGCCAGUAGACAGUCUCUUGCAACCGAGCUCUCACAGUCUUCUCGAGACCAAACAUUCACUUCAGCCGUCAUUUCUCAGCUUCAAGACCUGCUUCUAGAGCCAACACGGGAUCCAACCAACACCGCUGCCGUCGUCAACCAGAUACUUGAAAGACACGCGUUUACCGAGCGAUUGGUAGUCGACCCGGAGCAGGGAUGGAGAGUUGCUUACGACACGGGACCGCAGAGCGCCGACUCGGCUGGAGGCGCUCCUACGACAGAUACGCCUGGACGAUCGCUCGGGCGCUGCUAGUCUUGCUCUCUAUUACUCUCUCACUGCUGUUCUGUUCCAAUACCCCUGUCUAUAGUAUUUCUAUCACCCUGUGUAUCAAACAAAACGCAUACCCAAGAAGUUUGUCU